AUGAAAUGCUUUAUCAGUAAUAUCACUAAUAGCAAGGAGAAAGUAUUAUUGUUUAAUGCUGAUACAUUUCAAAGAUGUUGUUUAUUUAUUGAAAUAGGAAAAAAGAAUCAUUUCAAGUACGGUGAUUUAAUAUUAAUACCUAAACUUCAAAAAUCUGCAGGUUAUCAUUUGAAAUGUUACCGUAAUCUGGUUGCUGUAAAAAAAUCUGUGGUUAACGAAUUUAAUAAAUCUUUACAAAGAGUUAAUACAAAUAAUGAAAAAAAUAGUAACGCUGAACCAAAUAUUUCUAUCAAUUCAACUGAUUUUGUUACCGAUUCUGCUAGUUCAUCUCAAAUACUGCCAUUAUUACUAUCAAAUAAAGAUGUGGAUAGAAGGAUAGGUCUAUUGAAGCGUAAGGCGACGUUGUCAUUGUUAUCGUCUGACGUUGUACUGGAGACUGUAGGCAACUGCAACAUCUCAAGAGAGCGUGCCAUUAUAAGAGAUAUGUUACGGGCUUUUUCUCUUUUAAAUCUCGACAAGGUACCAAUGUGGGUAGGGUACAAUUCGUCAGUAAUUGGUGAUUGUAGUGAAGAGAAGAACAUUGAUUACAUGCCUCCAAUAAAUUCGUCUCCUACGUUCUAUAAUAUCGUUUAUGAAACGUUGGCCAUGUCCAAAGAAGUAGCCGAUCAAUGCCAUCAAGACCAGAUCCUCGUAACUUAUGAUCUGGCCAUCGCGAAAAUGGCGAUGCAAAUUCAAAGUGUGGAAAAUCGAAAAUUUGAUGGUUUAUUUAUCAAAUUAGGAGACUUUCAUAUGCAAUUAGCGUUUUUCAAAGCUGUUGGUGCUCUUCAGAUGUCGCAUUUUGAUUUAUUUAUGUCAGGAAGAGCUUUUUCUGAGGAUAGUUUCAUUUCUGAUCUAAAAGUUGUUUUUGAACUUCCUGUUCCAUCUCAUAAACCGUUGAUAUUGUAUCCUCUUUUAGAAGAAAUUAUUAGGAAAUACAAAGAUUUCUGUUCACUAAUUCUAACAGGAUAUCACGGAAAAACUGGGCAAUUCUAUUUACAGUACGUCAAACUGUGCAUUGAUCUCUAA